AUGACCAUUGCUGUUUAUGCAAAAAAAAACAAUAUAAACAAAGCAGUAGCAUUUCAUGAAGUUUUACCGCAGAAAGUUGUUGUUACUCAAGUCAAACCAGGUAUAUUUCUUGCUGAAAGUAGAUGGCACGGUACUGGAAUGCACCCUAAUGAAUUGGUGUUUAAAAAAAUGAGUUGCAAAAAUGGUGUAACAGUUAAUGAAACCAAUGUGAAAGGAGUUUUCGCUGACAGGAAACAUGUUUUUGAAUUAUCAGUUCCAAAACACGUGAAGAAAGUGGUGUGUACAAGAGGAAUUGUUGAUAUUUCUAGCUUUAAAAACGCUUUCGAGUUCAAAGUUCCUAAUAGCAAUAUUUAA